UUUAUAAGCUUUGCAAAACCAACCUCCUUUCCUCUUCCCUCUUCCCAGGCUCCUCAGAAUUCGACCGUUAAAUUUAUAACCCAAAAACUAGUCUCAUUCUUCUUCUUCCGUUGCACAAAAAACAUAUUUGUUUCGUUUAUCUCUUUCUCCUCUAUAGUAGUAGCUAAAAAUGGAGGCGAAGAAAUCGGGUUUGAAUCUCCCAGCUGGGAUGUCCGGAACCUCACUCCGGCUGGACACUGCAGCAGCAUCUUCCAUCUCGACCCUCAAUUCUCCUUCUUCUCUCCGUUCCAUCUCUAAUCUCACCUCGCCUUCGAAAUCCAACUCGGCUUGCAGCGACAGGUUCAUUCCGUGCCGGUCCUCCUCGAGGUUGCACACGUUCGGGCUCCUGGACAGGCCCUCGCCGGUGAAGGAAGGGAGUAACGAGGCUUAUUCCAGGUUGUUGAAAUCAGAACUCUUUGGAUCUGACUUUGCUUCUCCUUCUCUUUCUCUUUCUUCCCCUGCAGGUGCUGCUCCUCCUUCGCCGCUCAGCCCCAGCAAGAACAUGCUCCGCUUCAAGACCGACCACUCCGUCGCGCCUUCUUCGCCUUAUUCGCCGUCCAUUUUGGGACAGCAGAAUGCCUUUCCUUCUGACUCUUCUACCCCGCCUCCCAAACCUCCCAGGAAAGUCCUCAAGACGCCCCACAAGGUUUUGGAUGCCCCAUCACUUCAAGAUGACUUUUAUUUGAAUCUGGUGGACUGGUCCACACAAAAUGUUCUUGCUGUGGGGCUAGGCACUUGUGUGUAUUUAUGGAGCGCUUCAAACAGCAAAGUGACUAAGUUAUGUGACUUGGGGCCUUAUGAUGGUGUCUGCUCUGUCCAGUGGACCCGGGAGGGUUCUUUUAUAUCCAUUGGUACAAAUCUUGGUCAAGUUCAGGUUUGGGAUGGAACUCAGUGUAAGAAGGUCAGAACCAUGGGUGGGCAUCAGACAAGGACUGGUGUUUUGGCAUGGAAUUCUCGCAUUUUGGCUUCAGGGAGCAGAGAUAGGAACAUACUUCAGCAUGACAUGAGGAUUCCGGGUGACUUUGUUAGCAAGCUUGUUGGCCACAAGUCUGAGGUAUGUGGAUUGAAAUGGUCCAGUGAUGACAGGGAACUUGCUUCUGGUGGUAAUGAUAAUCAGCUCCUGGUAUGGAAUCAACACUCUCAGCAACCAGUUUUGAGACUUACCGAGCACACUGCUGCUGUGAAGGCCAUUGCUUGGUCACCUCACCAAAGCAGUCUCCUUGUGUCCGGAGGUGGAACUGCUGAUAGGUGUAUUCGUUUUUGGAACACUACAAAUGGCCAUCAAUUGAACUGUCUUGACACUGGGAGCCAGGUCUGCAACCUUGCUUGGAGUAAAAAUGUGAAUGAACUAGUAAGCACUCAUGGGUACUCCCAAAAUCAGAUCAUGGUGUGGAAAUAUCCAUCAUUGUCAAAGGUUGCAACUCUAACUGGCCACAGCAUGCGAGUGCUAUACCUUGCAAUGUCUCCUGAUGGCCAGACAAUAGUAACUGGUGCAGGAGAUGAGACUCUACGGUUUUGGAAUGUUUUCCCAUCAAUGAAAGCACCUGUCCCGGUUAAAGAUACAGGCCUUUGGUCACUGGGGCGCACACAAAUUCGAUGAUCCAUUUGAUGUGUCAUACCAAUAAGGAAGAAGAUGAGGAAAGAAAGCUAUCUCAAUAAUUUGUAAUUAAUAUCUGUAUAUGAAAUAAUAUUGGUUUACAUUUACUUGUCAUAUAAUAGGUUUCAAUUCUUUGUAAAGUUCUCAAUAUCGUCAUUCUCAUUGUAAAGUGUGUAACAUAUAUCAAACACGGACAUAUAGGAACUUAUAAAUUGUAAAGUCUGCAUCUAAAUUCAAUUGACUCGUUAUAAUAAUGGUUUCAAUUCAUUGUAAAGUUCUCAGUAUAUCAAACACAGACAUAGGAACUUA